GGGGAACCGAGGGCGGACAGCGCGGCACCGAGCCGCUGCGACGGACGGAAACCGCGAGGGCUCUGAAAAGUGGGAGGAGGCCGACGAGGCGGCGGCCCAAUCCGGAGGGCGCGACCGGUCCGCUCCGUUCGUUGGGUCGUUCUUCUCCUCCUCCUCCUCCUAUUCCUCCUCUUCCUGAGCGGAGGGGAGCGAGGCGGCGACGACGACGAGCCGACGCCCGAGGGCACGCCGCCGCCCUCGUAGCCGCUCGGGCUGAGGCCGCCGGCGCGGCGGGAUGGCGCGGUUCAUCCUCAGACUCAUGGAGCUCGGGGUCAGCGCCGCGGUGCACCUCGUCUUCGGCUUCUACGUCUUCAGCACGGCCGUGGCCGCCGACAUCUCGCAGGCGGCCGCGGCCUCCGGGUCCUUCCUGCUGCGCCGGCCGCCGCCGCCCGCCGCGGGCGAGGGGGCGCUCGUCGACGUCGCCGCCGCGGGGGAGCGCGACGAGCGCAGGGGCGCCGCGCCCGUCGUGCUCGACGGCUCGCCGCCACCCAUCGUCCUCGUCCACGGCAUCUUCGGCUUCGGCAAGGGGAGGCUCGGCGGGCUCUCCUACUUCGCCGGCGCCGAGAAGAAGGACGACCGCGUGCUCGUGCCGGAUUUGGGGUCGCUCACCAGCAUCCAUGACAGGGCGCGCGAGCUGUUCUACUACCUCAAGGGCGGCCAGGUGGACUAUGGCGAGGAUCACAGCAAGGCUUGCGACCACACGCAGUUCGGGAGAAUCUAUCCUACAGGGCACUAUCCUGUGUGGGACGAACAGAACCCCGUGCACUUUGUCGGGCACUCGGCAGGCGCUCAGGUUGUGAGGGUGCUGCAUCAGAUGCUAGCCGACAAGGCUUUCCCAGGCCAUGAUACUUCUGAAGACUGGAUUCUGAGCCUUACUUCUUUGUCGGGCGCACUUAACGGGACAACGAGAACUUACUAUGACGGCAUGCUGGUCGAAGAUGGUAAGUCCAUGAGACCUAUCUGUCUUCUUCAGCUCUGCCGGCUUGGAGUAAUAGUCUACGAUUGGCUAGAUAUUUCUUGGCUGAAGAAUUACUACAAUUUUGGUUUUGACCACUAUGAGAUGUCUCGGAGGAAAGUAGGCUUUUCAGGUUUAAUUGAUCUGCUGCUGGGGCACACUGGCCCAUUUGCCAGCGGAGAUUGGAUUUUACCUGAUCUCACAAUACAGGGAUCUAUAAAACUUAACUCUAGACUGAGGACCUUUCCCAAUACAUUUUACUUCAGUUAUGCUACAAAGAAAACAAGAAAGCUAUUUGGAAUUACAGUGCCUUCAAGUGUUCUUGGAGUCCACCCCAUGCUCUUUCUCAGAGUCCUUCAGAUGUGUAUGUGGCGGCACCCUCAAAAUGCACCUCUGCCUUACAAAGGAUACAGGGAUGAAGAUUGGGAAGACAAUGAUGGGGCUUUGAACACAAUCUCUAUGACUCACCCACGCAUUCCUAUAGAGCAUCCACACCGUUUUGUCUUGGAUGAUUCUGACUGCCAUCCUUUGCAACCUGGGAUAUGGUAUUACAAGAUUAUUGAAGCUGACCACAUUCUAUUUAUUGUGAACCGGGAAAGAGCUGGCGUGCAGUUCGAUUUGCUGUAUGAUGGCAUUUUCCAGCGAUGCAGAAAGCAUGCAUUUAGGAAGAGCCCACCUACUGUACCAAACGAAACGAGUCAAUAGCAGAUAAUCCCAAAGCAAAGUAUUUCUAGGUUGUAGACAGGAACAAAUGAGGAACCACAGCGUUUUCGUAAGCUGUAAAUUACUUGCUGAUGAUGAUUUGACGAGCAUUUCAUACUUGAUCUCUCCUGUUCUUGGAAGAGGGGCUCAUGGAGGCUGGGGACUUGCAUCCUUGUCGGAUACUCCGACUGCCUAGGGAACGCUUCGGCUCGGCCAACCAUGUACACUCCAAUGCAAGGAAGAUUUUGGAUUUGCCUUCCAUGGAACAAACAGGAGACAAUGGAUCAGACGGCUGCAGUUACUGAUUACCUAACUGCGGCUGUGAUAGGUUCACAUGUAUGUUUAAAAAGUGAGAUGUAAAUAUCGAGGGUUGCGUGGAUGGUGUAACCUUGUACUAGCAGAAGGAUUUUGUGGCAAUUAUCAGGAUUGGAUAUCUUUGCUUGCCCUGGAUUCUUGCAGGCAGCUGGAA